AUGUCGGACGUCAAGCCCGAGGAGAAGCCCGUGGAGGACCACGGCGUCGAGAACAAAAGCGUCGCGGACGAUGACGGUCACGAUGAGGUGCGCAGAGAGAAAGCCGCGGAGAUCUCGGCGAUGAAGAGACGCGUCGCCGAGAUGGAAGAGGAGGCUGCUAAGCUCCGCGAGAUGCAAGCAACCCUCGCCCAGCAGAACGAGGACCUGUCUGACGACAAGGGAGACGUCGAUGGUCGCAGCAUCUUCGUCGGCAACGUCGACUACUCGGCCUCUCCCGAGGAGAUUCAGGCUCACUUCCAGAGCUGUGGCUCCAUCAACCGCGUCACCAUCCUGUUGGACAAGUUUAGCGGACAGCCCAAGGGGUACGUGUUAAUCCCGGUAUGCCAAAAAGACGGCGGCAAAGUUAACGUGCUUCUGAACAGAUACGCGUACGUCGAGUUCACCGAGCCCGCCCUCGUCGCCCAAGCUCUCGUCCUCAACGAGAGCGUCUUCAAGGGCCGCAACAUCAAGGUCACCCCCAAGCGCACCAACAUCCCUGGUAUGUCCCGCGGCCGCGGCCGUGGUGGAUUCCGUGGAGGUCGCGGCGGCGGCUUCGGACGCGGCGGUUUCCCUCCCAGAGGAGGUUACCGCGGAGGAUACCGUGGGCGAGGAAGAGGAGGCUUCACACCGUACUAG